GGCCGUAGCUGAGGCGGCGGCGCUGGGCGGCUGACCGUCCGCGGCAUGAGCGCUGCGGGAGCCCAGCGCACGCCGGCCGGGCUGGGCCUCUGAGGGCCGCGGUUCCGGACUGAAGUUGCGGCGUCUGGCGGAGCGCGCCGCCGGCUCCCAUGGAGCUGGAGGGGCAGUGGUGGCGAGGACAGCUGGCUGCGGAUAUUCACCAGGCGCUCCGGUACAAGGAGCUGAAGCUGCCUUCCUAUAAGGGCCAGUCCCCUCAGCUAAGCCUCAGGCGCUAUUUUGCUGAUUUGAUCGCCAUCGUGAGCAAUCGCUUCACACUCUGCCCUUCUGCCCGGCACCUUGCUGUGUAUCUGCUGGACCUGUUCAUGGAUCGCUAUGACAUCUCUAUCCAGCAGCUGCACUUAGUUGCGCUUUCCUGUUUGCUUCUAGCAAGUAAAUUUGAAGAAAAAGAAGACAGUGUGCCUAAGCUGGAGCAGCUCAACAGCCUGGGCUGCAUGACUAACAUGAACCUAGUGCUAACAAAGCAGAACUUGCUGCAUAUGGAACUGUUACUGUUAGAGACCUUUCAGUGGAACCUCUGCCUUCCUACAGCUGCCCAUUUCAUUGAGUAUUACCUCUCUGAAGCAGUACAUGAGACAGAUCUUCAUGAUGGCUGGCCAAUGGUUUGCUUGGAAAAGACUAAACUCUACAUGGCCAAAUAUGCAGACUACUUCCUGGAAGUGUCUCUGCAAGAUUAUGCCUUUCUAAAUUAUGCACCUUCUUUAGUAGCUGCUGCGUGUGUGGCUUCUUCAAGGAUUAUCCUUCGUCUUUCUCCAACAUGGCCCGUGAGACUGCAUCGUCUUACUGCUUACUCCUGGGAUUUCUUGGUGCAGUGCAUUGAACGGCUGUUGGUUGCUCAUGACAAUGAUGUGAAAGAAGCGAACAAACAGAGGGCACAGUCAGCUCCUCAGUCAGCACAGCUUGGUGUGCUCCAGACAGCGCAGCCCUCACGGCCAGUUCACUGCCAGCAGCCUCAGCAUCUUCAUCCGACCUCAAUGCAGUAUCGCCAUCCCGUGGCAGAACAGCCAAGUCGUCAGCAGAUCGUGUCUACCACACACACCUCGACUUACACACUACAGACUUGUCCUACGGGCUUCCAAACUAGUGUCCAGGGCCUUGGCCACCUCCAGACUGGUGUUGGGAUGUCCCUGGCAAUACCAGUAGAAGUUAAACCCUGUCUCAGUGUUUCUUAUAACCGGAGUUACCAGAUAAAUGAACAUUUCCCAUGCAUCACCCCAUGCUUUGAGAGGUGAUGACAUACAUAUGCAGGUCAUGACUGACCCAGACUGUUCCAGAUGGCUGCCUCUGGGCAGGCUUUUUGUACUCCUCUUCAGAAAGAAGGGAAUACAAAUAGCAUCACAGUGCAGCAGGCAUCAACACCAGAAGACUGAGUAUUUCUUUCAGUACCGUGAAUACCUAGGAGACUCAGCAGACACUGACGUGUGUCGAAUCCUUAUGUGAUAGAAAUGUCCCAGCUCUUGGCUGAUGGUCCAAAUAUUUCAAAAUCCUCAGUACAACAGAAAAUUGGUCAUUCUAAGAUUUGACCUGUGGUGGGCUCUGGGCAUUAUGCUGGCAUCUAUGUCAAAGACUUAGUGUUUAUCUGUGGACUUGCCAAACCAUCUUCUAUGAAGGAAAGUUACAGUAUUAAUUUUUGAAGAAUUGUUUUAAUUCUUGCAGCCCAGGGUUUUUGUGAUCUACUGGUGGGUUUCUAAGUUGAAACUCACUAGUCACUAAGCAUCCUAAUCUGUGCAGUUAAAAAAAAAAAUCCAGAUUAUUUUCUAUAACUUCCUAUCAUAAGUAUAGGAGUCUUGAUUUGUAUACUAAAAUUAGGGGUGAUGCAGAUACAUGCCUUGAAAUCAUGAUCAUAAUUUUUGUUUUGCUCUGCUAAUUUUUCCCCAACUCUUCAGGAUUAAGCACAUUUAACUCAGGGAACUUGUACUUGUGAACACUUAGCUGUAACCAACAUGCCUUGGGACUGUUAGGUUGUGAACUCCUGUGUAACACAGGCUACAGUGCUCCUGCUGGGAUGAGAGCCUGCCAGCACAGGAUCAGUGCAGUGGGCCCUGUGGUGUACGCGCAUGGA